AUGAGUAGAGUGCCGAAGAUAUUUAGCAAAACUUACACCACUCCGCGCCGCCCUUUUGAGAAGGAGCGCUUGGAUUCCGAAUUAAAGCUCAUUGGUCAGUAUGGACUAAGAAAUAAACGUGAAGUAUGGCGUGUGAAACUGGUUCUCGCAAAAAUCCGCAAGGCUGCCCGUGAGCUCCUCACACUUGACGAGCGGGAUCCUCGUCGGCUGUUCGAAGGUGAAGUCGUAGAUCCUCAACUUUUAUAUUAUGUCUAUGACUGCUUACUGUUCAGUAUGCCAAUUUUCUCGGUCAUCUAUUUAUUAAACUCGACAGACCAGGCAAAGCCAUUGCAACGGCUCGUGCCUACUCCCUUGCUAACUUGACGCAGGACUGUUUACCUGACAGCUCAUUGGGUCGAUUUUCAUGAACCAAUUUUGAGUCUUAUUGAAAACCCUGACAAGUGGGUAGUUUUGCAGUCCCCGGCUUCGCACACGCGCUGUCCAGUAUUGUUUUCGUGACCUACAUGUCAUCGUUUAGUUAUCUUCCCAAGAUCUGACGGUUGUCGAGCCAACUUAGGCUUCCCUCCUCCCCGAGGCUUACAUGCACGCACAGACAAGUGCGGUUUCUGUCAACGUCGGCCAGUUACUAAAGGCUUGUUUGGUUUACCAUCAAAUGACGUACAGAAUUGUUAAUAGGGAGUUUUCUGACGGAUGAGCACAAGAGCCGCUUCAUUGCAUAUGGCCGUCCUAGGUUAGCUUUGUACGCGGGCACCCCAGUUUCAUUAUUCAUUGUCCUUUCCGACUGUCAGGGGCCCUUGUCUCAAACACGUUGCCACUGCACGUGCACAUCUCUCAGUAGACUAAAAAGGCCUCAGAAGUAUUAAGUGACUACAAUGAACCAGGCGAGAGCACUGCAGCUUCAGGCUCGCUGACAUUCGACUUUUCCCCUAAUAGGAGCAGUUCCUUCAGGCCCCUUUGUAAAUUGCCACUAACUUGCUAAGUAAUGAAGAAGAUUCGAACACCGGAACAGUUUAUUAUCCUGAGCUUUCAGACUCGUACAGGAGUCCAUCUUCAGAAGUAGUGGCAGCAACAGAACAAGCGGCAGUUAUAAGGCAUAUAGGCCCAAUCAUCGACCGACGGUGUGUCACAAUCUUAUAUUAUUGCAACUGUAAAGCAGGCUUGCGAGUCUUCCAGUUUUUAACGAUAUGCAAUGCAGUGGCACGCUGAUAUAUUCUGCCAACAUUGUAUUGAGAGUGCUGGGAGCGUACAUGGCUUAAUUUUGGAGCCAAGCAGUGACUCCCCACAGACGUUGUUACUAUGCCUAUCAGCCAGUAAGUUUCUGCCGUAUAUUUCCGACGCACCCAUGAAAUCCUUAUUCAAAUUAUUUCGAUUCUUUAGGUUCUGCCUUGCUACGCCGGCUCGUUCGCGUCGGUGUGCUCCCGGAAGAUAAAAUGAAGCUCGAUUUCGUUCUCGGUCUAAAGAUCGAGGACUUUUUGGAAAGAAGACUGCAAACUCUGGUAUACAAACACGGCCUGGCGCGAUCUAUCCAUCAUGCGCGUGUCCUAAUUCGCCAACGCCACAUCCGAGUGCGCAAGCAGCUUGUAAAUUGUCCCAGCUUUAUGGUACGUUUGGAUUCCGCCAAGCACAUCGAUCUGACAUCUCCCGGCACAUCAGGCAAAGCUGGAAGAGUUCGACGAAAGAAGGAUCGUAAGGCUGCCGAAGGUGAUGAUGGAGACGAUGAAGAGUAA